AUGCAAUCGGACUACGGAAUUAGUCUGUUCAGAAAUUUCUACAUUGACAACAAAACCAGAAACCCUAAGGUUAAAGGCAUGAACGACUUUCAGAACAAUGUCAUAUACAAUUGGGGCGGAGGUGGCGGCUAUAUCGCAGGAGACAGCGACGGGCAAAGCUACGCAAAUAUCAUUAACAACUAUUUCAUAUCCGGCCCGAGCACUUCUGUGACUGCUUUCACCAGGGGCAAUGCAAAUUUCCAUGGAUAUGUAUCAAACAACUUUUAUGACAGCGAUCGGGACGGAGUUCUCGAUGGGACGGCUCUCUGUGUCAAGACCACUUGCUAUAGCGACAUGGACAUCCUGACGACUCCUUACGCAUACCCCGGCCCAUCCACACUAUUGUCCCCCGAGGCUGCCGUCAGUUAUGCUAUCAGUAAGGCCGGAAGCUGGUUUCCGGCUCGUGACCAGGUAGAUAACAGAUUGGUGCAAGAACUCCAGAGUUAUGGUACCGUCGGUGAGCUUAUCAGCGACGAGACUGCGAGUCCAAUGAACGGCGUUGGCACGGUGGCCAGUGGUACCAAGCCUCAAGAUACAGACGGCGACGGUAUCCCAGAUGCGUGGGAGAAGGCGAAUGGGCUGAACUACCAGGACGCGAGUGACGCGAUGAAGAUCAGUAGCUCGGGGUAUGCAAAUAUCGAGCUGUAUGUGAAUUCGCUGGUGCCCUCCACUUAUCCCUGA